AUGUCAAAGUUGGAAAAAGGCCGUCAUUCGAAGUCGGCGACAGGUAUAAAUACCGUGGCCAUUCGAGCCCGCCGUCAAUUGCUCCUAUCUCUUUCUGGAUUACUCCAUCAGUAUUUGAGACUUGGGUCACUGAAAGAGGGUAUCCCAGAAGACUCGGAAGUCGUACUGGCAUCAAUGGGCUCUUGCCAGCUCCUCACAUCUUUGGUCCUGUUUCUAUGCUGUCAUUUAUCGUCCACAGCAGCAUGGUCAGUGAAUAACUUCCUGAUGACAGGACCCAAGGCAUAUCUUAGGUAUGCGAGUAGCGUGCAAGCAGGGGCACAGCGCGGCAUUGAGGAAUGUAAAUAUCAGUUUGCACUGGACAGGUGGAACUGUCCGGAAAGUGAAUUACAACUGUCAACACAUAAAGGAUUGCGAAGGGCAACCAAAGAAACGGCUUUUGUACAUGCCAUAAGUGCGGCUGGAGUUAUGUAUACACUGACCAAGAACUGCAGUUUGGGACACUUCGAUAACUGUGGCUGUGAUGACUCCAAAACUGGGAAAACUGGAGGUCGAGGUUGGAUUUGGGGUGGAUGCAGUGAUAAUGUUGAGUUCGGCGAGAACAUUUCUAAGCAGUUUGUAGAUGCUCUCGAAAAUGGCCACGAUUCACGUGCUGCUGUGAACCGUCACAACAACGAGGCUGGCAGACUUGCUAUCACAAUGACGAUGAAGAGGUCAUGCAAGUGUCACGGCGUGUCCGGAAGCUGCAGCGUCCAAACGUGCUGGAUGCAACUGGCUGACUUCAGGGAAGUUGGUAACUACCUGAAAAUCAAGUACGACCAGGCACAGAAGCUUGAGCUGGACCAGCGACGCAUGCGCGCUGGGAACAGCGCUGAGAACCGCGGCGCACUCGCGGACACGUUCAGCAGCAUCGCGCGCACCGAGCUCGUCUACCUGGAGGACUCCCCAGAUUACUGUGUGAAAAAUCUGAGCCUCGGACUGCACGGGACUGAAGGCAGGGAGUGUUUGCAGAAUGGCAAUAAUUUGUCGCAGUUUGAAAAGCGAAGCUGCAGAAGACUGUGCCAUGAGUGUGGCCUAAAAGUUGAGAAAAAGAGGAUAGAGAUAGUGAGUAGUUGUAACUGCAAAUUUCACUGGUGCUGUACGGUGAAGUGUGAGAAGUGCACACAAUUUGUAACAAAAAACAUUUGUGCAAAAAGGAAUAAGCGCAGUCGAUCACGUAACAGUUCACGAAGGAGGCAGCGUCUGCGUAGUUAA